AUGAGCACUCGCCUCAUUAAGGUACUUAGCAAUUUCUACGGCAAUGCAAAAACUGGGGUACGAAUUAGCAGUGAUGAGAAAACUAAAAGUAGCAGCAUUACACAAGGCGUUCUCCAAGGAGACCCUCUCAGCCCGAUACUGUUCAUGCUCCUACUCCACGACAUGGCAACUCUCUUCCGAAGCAGAGAGCACAUAAACGUGGAAAAGAAGAUGGAACUACUCCUAUUCGCCGACGACGGACUCCUGUUAUCAGAUGACAUAGUCGACAUGCAGCAUAAGCUGAACACUCUCGCUGAAUACGACGAGUUAAACAAAAUGACACUGAACACGGAGAAGACUAAAGUCAUGAUAUUUAAUAAUCAACAAGAUACUAGAGGCGCAGCAGCACAACCAACGAAGACAGAACCUCCACCAUCAACAAUUCCGAAAGUUGUAAUCAGCGAGACUGAAGACGAAGCCAAUAUCCAGAGUACUCAACGAAUUCAGCACAUCAAGACGAGAUACUCGGAGAUGAUAGGGCUACCCGCGGCAGGUCUCACUGUGCAUCAAGAGAUUCUACUGAGGCAGCUAAAGUUUAGAGUGGAGAGCAUCACCCACAUUUAUAAGGAGCUCACCAACACGAUCAUGAAUGACGAGGACAUCACCGUGGAAGAGCUGGAUGGACAGAAAGAAANUAGAGUGGAGAGCAUCAUCCACAUUUAUAAGGAGCUCACCAACACGAUCAUGAAUGACGAGGACAUCACCGUGGAAGAGCUGGAUGGACAGAAAGAAAUCCUUGAGACCUACUGGGCAGAGUUUCUCUCACAGCAGGGAGGCAUAAUCGAAUAUCUCCCUCACGAUCAUCCCUACUUGACUGAAGGAAUCUUCGAACAGACAGCUGCCACAAAGGAGCAAAGUAUAAAGCUCAUCAGUAAGCUGAAAGGUCGGCUGUCGAAGAAAACUCAACCAGCAAGCAAUUCACCAGGCCAAGAACACCCAGACAAGCUCAGACGUCUGGAUUUGAAGGCUUUCGACGGCACCCCAUCCCAGUGGAAGGAAUUCAGAGAUCUCUUCAGCUCGCUGGUCGGUAGCAAAUUAACAAUCGCACCAGUGGAGAAGUUGAUUAGACUCAAAAGCAGCCUCAGAGGACCUCCAGCUACUCUCAUAUCGACAUUGGACAUCAACGACCAGAAUUAUGAAAAGGCUUGGCAAAAGCUCAAGGCGAAAUACGAUGAUCCAAGAUUGGUGGCUCAGUACCUGUUCAAUCGAAUACUGGAGCUGCCAAAGAUCACCAAGGCAACUCAGGAGAAACUCAACCACAACACAGCAGCAGCAGUCGAGUCGCUAGACCAGCUACGAGAGGUAGUCGGUCUCUCAGAUGCGAACUUGAUUGAACAGAUGAUCGCCCACCUGCUGAGGAGAUCAUUAGAUGCAGAAACCCUCAAGCAGUUGGAAUUGAAACUGGGAGACUCCAGAGACUUUCCCAGUCUGAAGGAAUUCGUCGGAUUCGUCGAAGCCUGCGGCAGAGGAAUCAACGCAGGAUCAGAGCUUCAUGCAACACAGGAAACCAACAUCGCCGACAGGAAAUCACUGAAGAAGAAGAAGAGCUCUUACGCAGUAGCUACUCAACAAGACAGCAACGCUGAGAGGAUUCUUCCGAGAAACUGUUGUGCCAUGUGUAAGGAAAAACACUUCAUUGCUGAGGGCCAGAAAUUCAGAGAGUUGCCCCCAAUAAAGAGGAACAGCGUGAUCAUAAGCAAUGGCCUCUGCUUCAGCUGUCUGGGACCUCACCGAAAGACGAAGUGUGUCUCAACGAAAAGAUGUCAACAAUCUCAACCCAGUACAUCAACGGCAACAGUCAACCUCAACAACCAGCGGACCAGUGAGAAUGCAGAAACAACUCAACAAGAAGCAGAUCAACAAUCAGUGCUGUUAGCAACAGCGCAAGUCAAAGUAAAAUCCCCAAAAGGAUUCAUCAGCAGAGCCAGAGUACUAAUUGAUCAAGGAUCAGAGGUGUCAUUUAUCUCUGAGAAAUUAGUACAUCAACUGCACCUCACAAGAACAACAGAAACGUUGGAAUUAAUAGGAAUUGGCGGAGUCAAUUCAGGCCACACAAGAGGAAGGGUGUCAGUGACGCUACAAGCAAUCAACGGGCCCCAGCAAGUAAAACUCAACGCCCACGUCUUGAAGAAACUCACAGCAAUCCUGCCAUCAUUUUCCUGUGAAUCAGUCGACAUCGGCUCACUAGAAAACCUUCAACUAGCUGAUCAACAGUAUCUCCAGCCUGGACCAAUAGAUAUAAUAAUAGGGGCUGACAACUACGGGCAGAUAAUUAAAGAUGAAGUUGUCAAGUCUAAACAGUCAAGAUUAGUUGGCCAACGAACAGCAUUUGGUUGGAUAUUAUCAGGUCCAAUCAACUGCUCCGGUCGCUCAACGAGGGUCUCCCUAUCAGCUGUAUGGGAAUCUUCAAAUGAACGACUACUAGAGCUUCUACAAAGGUUUUGGGUCCAGGAAGAAUUACCAGCCCAACGUUCAGACAACUCAGAGCUAUCACAAGACGAGCUGGAGUGUGAAAAACACUUCAGAUCAACACACAGCAGAGAUUCAACAGGGCGUUACAUUGUAAGGCUCCCAUUGAAAACGUCAGCAGAAGCGCUCGGGGAGUCAAAGUUCAAGGCUUCACGACAGCUCAAAUCAACAGUCAGCAAACUCAACAACAAUCAGGAAUAUGCCCAGCUCUACAAGGAGUUUAUCAACGAGUACGAGGCUUUGGGACAUAUGCAGAGAGCACCCGAUUCUCCAGAACCUACCCCAGCCUAUUAUCUGCCACACCACGGGGUUCUGAGAGAAGAGGCCAUCACCACAAAACUGAGAGUCGUUUUCAACGGCUCCAGUCCCAGCUCAUCAGGUAUGUCACUCAAUGAUAUAUUAUAUCCUGGUGGAAAAUUGCAGAUCAACGCCAUGGACGUCUUGACAUGGAUGAGAAAGCACAGACUCGUGUUUGGCACCGACAUCGUUAAGAUGUUUAGACAGAUACGAGUUCACAGGGACGAUUGGGACCUCCAGAGAAUUUUGUGGAUUGAUGAUAAUCAGCAACAAAUCUCCUAUCAGCUAACCACAGUCACCUACGGUCUCAACUGUUCUCCAUGGCUAUCUCUGAGAGUUCUUCAACAAUUAGCGGAGGAUGAGGGUCACCGCUUCCCAGCAGCCGUCGAGACAAUCACCAGAGGUCGGUACGUUGACGACAUCUACGGCGGAGCUGAGUCAGCAGCAGAACUCAAGGAGAUAGUCUGGCAACUACAAGGACUCUGUCAGGCUGGAGGCUUCGCUCUUCAGAAAUGGAGCAGCAAUUGCCCACGGCUAUUGCACGAGCUCGGAUUAUCAACAGAGGAAGCCGUAAUCCAGUUUGAAGAAUCAGUCACCAAAGUUCUUGGAAUGUGUUGGCAUCAGUCGUCCGACACAUUCAGGUAUAAAUCCAGAGACUUCAACACACAGACGAUCACCAAAAGGGUUGUAUCUUCAGAGAUAGCUCAGAUCUUCGAUCCUUUGGGCUUCAUCGCUCCAGUCGUCGUAAAAGGGAAAAUCCUCCUACAGGAUCUCUGGAAACUCAAAUGUAAUUGGGAUGACCCCCUCCCCACGGAGUACACUCAACGGUGGGAGUUAUUUCGCCAGGAACUCACAGAAUUGGACAAAGUUGCUGUACCCAGAUGGCUCAAUUUAACAUCAAAAGAAAGUAACAUUCAAUUACACGGAUUCGCAGAUGCUUCAACCGUAGCUAUGAGUGCAGUGGUGUACAUACGCACCAGGAACAUCAACGAGCCAGCUUCAACAGUGAUGGUCUGCGCGAAGACAAAGGUAGCACCGAUCAAGCGCAUGACUAUUCCAAGAUUAGAGCUUACAGCAGCUCUCUUGUUAACACAACUAGUAGCCUCAACACAGAGGAUGCUUCAGCUCGACCAUGCAGAAACUCAUCUUUGGUCGGAUUCAGCAGUAACACUCGCUUGGAUCAGAAGCCACGCAUCAAGGUGGAAAGAUUUCGUCCACAACAGAGUGGUCAAGAUCCAGGAAACUCUCCCGAAUGCCAUCUGGAGACACGUCAGUGGGAAAGAAAAUCCAGCCUACUGCGCAUCCAGAGGCAUAUCUCUAAGUCAGCUAGCAAAUCAUCAACUUCGGUGGUCAGUACCUGAGUGGAUUAAUCAGGAUCCUGAAGAGUGGCCACAAUCAACAAUUGACGCUCCANCAAUCAAUAAUUGA